GUUCCCCUGAAGUUUUUUUAUUUUCUGCUACGUCAAGUUUGUAAAGAUAACAGCRGAAACAGCUUGUCGUUACCAAAAUAAAAGUACUUUAUUGUUUUUAUUUAGGCUAUAAAGAACUACUUCGACAAAAGUAGUCGAAGCUAAACAGUUGCGGGUGUAAUUUCGAGCGCAAAUAUGGCUAAACAUAGCGUUUUGUGUACUUUUGCCAAACGUUUUACCGGAAGUAACAAGCGUAGCUUCAUCUAACUUUACCAAAGCUAAAAGUUUUUUGCCCUCCUCUUUUUCCCCUGCGUUCGCUCCGUCCUGCCACCACCAUCCAUCCAUUCGCUACUGAUGCUACGAUGGUGAUGGAGAGGCCCAGCAGGKUCCGGUACCGGCGCCGCUGAGCUCGAAACGACCCGGCCUGGCUUGCGAACCGACAGAGAGGGAAGAAAACGAAUAAAAGAGCGGCGGGGACAAAAGCAUGGAAACCGUGGAGCAGCUCGUCUCCUUCCACCACAUUCAGGUCCAGCUGAGCGGGGGCGCGCCUUGGGGGUUCACGCUGAAAGGAGGGCUUGAGCACGGAGAGCCGCUCAUCAUCACCAAAAUCGAGGACUCAGGAAAGGCUGCCCACUGCAAGAAGCUGAAGGUYGGAGAUGAACUCAUCAACAUCAACGGAUCCGCCCUCUACGGCAGCCGACAGGAAGCUCUCAUCCUCAUCAAGGGCUCGUACAGGAUACUGAAGCUCACAGUGCGGAGGCGCAGCGUUCCUCUCAUCAGACCCCACUCCUGGCACUUGGCGAAACUGUCAGAGCCGCUUCCCCCACCUCCAUCUGCCAUGCAUCUCCACUCCGGCUCCUACGCACUACCCUGGCACACGACUGACAGCAGUGACUUGUCUAUGCAGUGGUCACAGUUGUCCAGACCAUACUCAUCUACUGACCAAAGCAGCUCUGUGGGCUCUAUGGAGAGCUUGGACACACCGACACCAACUACACAGCCAUACUCUGGCUCCCACAAUUCACCUGUUGACCCUGCCCUUUUCAACAAUAAGCGAGACUCGGCCUACAGCUCCUUCUCGGCCAGCUCAAACACAUCUGACUAUGCCACAGUGCCGCUGAGGCCCGAUGAAGCCUGCUCUAUGGACAACCUUCUACAAAGUCUUGGGCCAGCAUGCCAGACCUACCCUGGUGACACUUCAGCCCUGGGUAGACCAUCUGGUGAGGCUCCAGUUCUAAUUGUGCACAAGUCUAGAUCCUUGACCAGACCAAGACCAAGGCCUGCUGAGGUGAAAGAUAGGCCUUCGUCCUGCUGUUAUGAGCAGGAGCAUAAGGGAGGAGACUUUGAGAUGUUGAGAAAUGGAGAAACUCAAACAGAGAGGAAGGAGAACCCCCCUCAGCCACCAACCAGGAAGGACAGUUUUAGGGCGACCCGGAGUCACACUGAUGCUGCCAGCAAACGUUGCACCGCGACUCCCGUAGAAGAUUGCAGUGUAUCUUAUUAUGAAGAAAACAAAUCCUGCCUAAAUGAAGAACCUGUUAUUCAGAAUGGUUUUCUUCCUCCAGAAGAGGACAACAAAACUGAGGAUUUACAAAUGGAGGAAGUGGACUCUCAAUUUAUCCAAAGACAAACUGAAGAACUUCAACACAUAAGAUGCGAUAGCGGUGCUAGGACAGAUUACAAAUCAGAGACCACCUCAGGGGACCCUUCUGACUCAGUAGCAUCCUCUGAAAGCCCCAUCACCCUUUCUGGUCUAGCAUCAAUAUCUUCUGAAUCUUCAGUGGAAGUUCAGGUUCAGCCCAAGCACUCCUCUGCUGGGCUGCACCGGCACAGUGCCCCAGAAAAGCUUCUCACUACCCAACUCCAGUUACUGCAGUUCAAUAAUGACAAUGAUUCUAUUGAGCCUUACAACACACCUAAUCCCCCUGAUCCCCCUCUGUCUCAUUGUAGCAGCCAGUGGUCUCAUUUAUCAUCGGCCCACGCUACAACAAACAACCUGGAAGGUUUUCAAAACCAGCUUCCGUCAAACAAAUGGGGUGGUAGCCGAUGUUCAACCMCAGGUUCCGUGUUUUUGGGAGGAGAAAAUAGUGUUUCAGGCGAGAGGCUGGAGGAAAAUGUUAAUGAUAGGUCUAGUUCACCGGUUCAUUGUCACGUGCCUUGGGGUCGCUCAGUGAGCGUACCAGGUAAACCCACAGGACCCCAGGAAAGACUGAGCUCUGAUCAGAUAGCAGAGAGUGAUUUCCAGCCUCUCAGUGCUGCUGCCAGUGUGGAUACCUUACUCCAGGAGCAAGCAGUUGUGGAAAAAGACGGAUGUGGGCCUAAAAAAGAGAACCCUGCAGAAAAAGAAGAAAACGUAAAAAAGUCAAACUCUUCUAAAAACUAUCGACGGAACCGUCGGCGCAAUGAGCGGUUUGCAACCAACCUCCGCAAUGAGAUUCAGAGGAAAAAGGCCCAGCUCCAGAGUAGUCAUGGUCCAGGAGGACUUCUGUGCAGUAAAGAAACUGUCCAAGAGGAGGAGGGUUCAGACCAUUGUGAAGAGGAAACCAACCCAAACCUCUCUGUUCAGGAAAAGAUUGCCAAAGUUGCCUUUCCCUCUCCAGCAGUCCUUCAAAAUUCCCAGACCUCAUCACAAGUCAGAACAUCAAACACCACAAGCGAGUCAAACUGUGAUUUCCUGCAAACCCAGUCCACAACUUACACUCAGAACAACAGCCGAUCCAGGUCUGUGCAGAUUUUGGACCCAGGCGUCCCUAGUUUUGGUGUGGGCAUCAGAGUUGUGGAGGAACCAGCACCAGCUGGAAAGGCCCGUCGCUGGCGUUGGACCCCAGAGCAUAAACUCCAGCCAGAACCAGAUGGAGAUAAACAGUUUGGCGUCUCAGGUGAAAGGGUGUUUGGGGUCACCGAGUCACGUCACGGAGUCUGCGCCUUCACCUCCUCAUCCAGUUCCCCUUACAGUCGCUCCUCUUCAUGUUCUCGAAAGGACGAGUCUGAUAUUCUUCCAUUUGCAGAAAGAAUGAAGUUUUUUGAGGAGACUUGCAAGAGCAAAUCAAAUGCCUCAAAUGCAUCCAGUUACAGGCAGAAAAAAACGGAACAUCAUCCRGAGCACCAGGCAGGAGAGCUCGGUCAGGGUUCAACCCAAAGGAGAUACUCCUAUCAGGGUGGGCUGCAACAAGAAAGUGCCCAACUUACAAACACCCUGGAGGCCAGGAGGCAGUCUGUGAGUGCUAUGAGGGAGAGGCAGAAAGAGAUGGAGAGGGAACAUUUCAGAGAACUGGAGGAGAGAGAAGAGAGGUUAAGAGAGAUGGAGAGGCAGCAGGAGAUGGAAAGACGAGAGCGGGACUUAGAGAUGGAAUGUGCAAGAGAGAGGGAGAUCCAAAGAGAGAGGGAACGAGAGGAGAGGGUGAGACAGUGGGAGAGAGAACAAAUGAAGAAAAGGGAGGAAGAAUUUCAGCUUACCUCUUAUAAGGACUGUUAUGGUAAUUCUGGCAUCCGAGAAAGAGAUAAAGACUUUGAACAUAAGGAACAUUUCUACAACCGCCAACCCAAGCCUCCAACAUUCUCUCAGAGCCACAUCCAAAGUCAGGUCCCACAGUCAGCAUUUUAUGCAGUCGGUCAUCAUUCACAGCUGCUGGAGAACCACCAACCUCUGCAUCAGGGAUACACUGCAAGGAGCUACACACCCACAGAGGCGUAUCACGCCCGGCAACAGGAAACCACCAAGCUCAACAGGAAGUACAGUCUGACUGAAAGGGACUACCCAAGUUCGAGGCGUGAGUCUCGGCGGCCUCAGAGCCUCAGCCAGCAGCAGCAGCAGCAUCACCUCCAUCAGGCUCAGUGGGACUCCAGGCGGACGGACAGCAGCGGUGACGAUCGAAACGGUUACGCCUUUGCGCCUCCGCCGGCUCCUCUUUUCCUCCGAGGACGGGCGAUGUCUGAAAACGACCUCCGCUACGAAAGCAGCCAGCAUUGGUCCCCGUCGCUGUUCUCUGCGACCAGCCAGAUGCUGAGUGAGGUGGAGGAGGCGGGAGACUCGACGAGCCCCGCCAGGCAGAGCAGGAAGAAAGCCCCACCGAGGCCGCCGCCCCCCAAGUGGGAGCAAUUCCACCGCCGACGUGCGUCUCACCACGCCUUGCUGUCCUCUCCCUCCGGUGCUCCUCCUCUCUGCGUCCCACCUUCCUUCGACUCUGCAGAGGGACAGUUCUCAGCUCACUCCUCGUCCUAUGUCCCGCCGCCCGAAACAUCUCGACAGAGGUCCUACAGUUUGCCCCCUGAGAGACAGGAAGUCACAGAGAUGUGCCCUCGGUGCAGCUGCAGCCAAACUCAAACCUUCUCCCACACCCCGUCCAAUCAGAAUCCAGCACAGUUUCAGGAACGCCCUUUUACCGUGGCUCCGCCCAGUCCAAUGUUCUCUAGGAAGAUGUUCAGACCCGUGGCCCCGCCCCAUGCAGAGAGACUGGACACUCCCCCUUCACCACCAGCUGGAACCACCAGCUCACAUGUGAUGGAGGUGAGCCACAGUCCGGAUCAGGACCGGGUAGCAGUGAAACCUCCCAAAGCACAGCCCAGCAUGAGGCCUGGAGCCGAGUGGCAGAGAACUCCAUCUCCCAGAGUUCAUAGCAACACACUGCCGUCCAAUGUCCUUGGAAAUGGGAGCGUUGGUAGAAGUUGUCCUCCUGAGCCCUACUUCAGUCAGCUGGACUUCCUGCAGCAAGUUUGCAUGAGCAGAGACCUCCACGAGGAGGAGCAGAAACUGCCCGAGCCGAGGACAGAAUCCGAACCUACUCUGAGCCCGAGCCCGGCGCAGAGCCUGGAGGCCGACCCGGAGCUGCCCUUAGAGACAGAUAUCGACGACUUCCAGGAGGAGGAGCUCCUGGGGGAGGAMACGCCCCUCACCAGCGAGCUCCCGUGCUUCGCUCAGCCCAUCACGGUCCUGGAGACGGACAUGGACCUGGUGCCGGACCCGGAGGCAUCGCCGCCCGGAGAAGCUCCAGCAGAGAGCAGCUCUGCGGACGAGCUGGAGACGGAGGAGAGCUGGAGGGGAACCUCUCAACCUGUGGAGUCCAACACCAACAGCCUGGAUCGGCUGUCCACUGCCAGCUCCAGCUGUUCCUCUUAUUACCACACAUCUGCAGCCAAGGCUCAGCUCCUGUCGCAGAUGAAGGACGUCCCUCAGGGCAGGGAGAGGGACGAGGACGACGAGCUGGCCUACAAGAAACAGCUGAUGGAGAGCCUCCGGAAGAAGCUGGGGGUCUUGAGGGAAGCUCAGAGGGGACUGCAGGAGGACAUCAGAGCCAACUCCCAGCUGGGAGACGAGGUGGAGGGCAUGGUGGUGUCGGUGUGUAAGCCCAACGAGGUGGACAAGUACCGCAUGUUCAUCGGCGACCUGGACAAGGUGGUCAGCCUGAUGCUGUCCCUGUCCGGGAGGCUGCUGAGGGUGGAGACAACGCUGGACACGCUGGACUCGGAGACGGAGCUGCACGAGAGGCUCCCCCUGCUGGAAAAGAAGCGUCAGCUCAUGAGGCAGCUGUCGGAGGCUCAGGACCUGAAGGACCACGUCGACCGCAGAGAGCAGGCCGUCAGCCGGGUUCUGGCCUGCUGCCUCACUCCAGAGCAGCACCGAGACUACAGCCACUUUGUGAAGAUGAAGGCGGCCUUGCUGGUGGAGCAGAGGCAGCUGGAGGACAAGAUUCGGCUGGGGGAGGAGCAGCUGAGGGGGCUGAGGGAGAGUCUGGGACUGGGGCUGGGAAUGGGCAUGUCGAUGGGAUACGGACAAUUUUAACUCGGCAAGAAAAGGAAAACGAGAUGAAGAAGCAGAAGCAAACAAGAAUUUAUAAAACAAACAGGCAUCCAUAUGCACUAUUUGCUAAAGCAUCAGUCAGUUAGCUUAGCUUCGCUUAGCAUUAAGAAGACACAAAAUGAUAGGAAUUUUUCUCCAAACAAAUUUUGUCGUUAAAAAAAAUUCACUUUGUGCCUGAAACAUGUACUGUACAUCGUUUUCUUCAGUCCGUUGCCAAAGAUGUUUUUACAAAAUAACUUUUUUUAUUUUCUGUUUAAAUCUCCCAGUUCAGAGAACUAACGGAGUUCAUUUUUAAAUGUUUUUUGGUGCUUGUUUUAAUCUCACUAAAGCCAGCAUUGUGAAAAGCCAUUAUUAACUGCCAAGCCAGCGUUCUGCUCCUGUUCAACACCGUCUGUUUUUAUUACUGUAAUGUUGGAGUCUAAACGUGUUGAGUUUGACACUCCACUGACUUCCUGUUGAUCUGUAUGUACAGAAGACGCUCGUGUUUAUUGUGUAAARUGUGUAAAUAGUGGUUUUAUUCUUCGAAACGACAGGAAGUGGUUGUGUGAGACGGAGGACACCAAUUUUUUUUAUUAAUUUUUUACUGUAUAUGUUGAAGGAAUCCAGAGAAGAGUUUGUGUUGAAGGAUCAAGGGAAAAUGUUUCAAAAUGUUUCAAAAUGUUCGGCUGUUUUGUCGCUUUUUGGCUCAAACUGUUGUCAAAACAAGCAAAAGAAAAAAAAAGAAGUAUGGCAACAUUUUACUUACAUAGUAUUCGUAACACUAUUUGUUUCAUUAUUACCGUUUUGUUCCACAGAUACCAAAAUGUUUCAAGAAACAGAUGGUUUACUGUUUUUCUCCUCCUCAGAGGGUUUAUACUGCCCUCUGYUGGUGAAAAGUAUUAAAAACUCAACUGGAGGCUUCA